UCCAUCUUCAAUGUUUAAUUUUUUAUUGUACAACCUUGAACAAAAAAUUGAAGGCUUCUUCAUUAGCAUCAAAAUUGAACUCAAAAUCAAAGUAGAUUACAAAUAAAAGCAGAGACAUACGAUUUUGUGUUCUUGGUAGUUGACCAGUUGCACAGGAACAAUGUCUGACAAAAUCACAGCUGAAAACCUUAUUGAAAGCCUUGUGGACACAUUUGUUGAGAAGAAAAAAUCUGUACCAUUCUUUGAGGGUGAUAAGUCAGAUUCAGUGGGUUCCCAGAUCAAUAGACUGUUUGGACGUGAGAAACCAGUGCACCAUAUUUUAGGGGGUGGAAAAUCUGCUGAUGUUUUGUUAUGGAGGAACAAGAAGAUUUCUGCAAGUGUUUUAACUAGUGCAACGGUUAUAUGGGUGCUUUUUGAAUGGCUUAACUACCAUUUUCUUACUCUUUUAUGCUUUGCAUUGGUUAUUGUUAUGCUUGCACAGUUUCUAUGGUCAAAUGCUUCUGGCUUUUUCAACAGACUGCCAUCUGAUGUACCCCGUCUUGUUCUCCCAGAAGAACUGUUUGUGAAUAUUGCAACUGUAGUUGGUGGUGAGGUCAACCGGGGCUUGAGAUUUCUUCAAGAUGCUGCUUGUGGAGGAAACCUGAAGCAAUUUCUUAUUGUUGUAGGAGCUUUGUUUGCUGGUGCUGUGAUUGGAAGCUGGUGCAAUUUCAUAUCUGUCAUCUAUAUUGGUUUUGUUGCAGCACAUACCCUUCCAGUUUUCUAUGAAAAGUAUGAGGAUGAAGUUGACAACUUUGUGUACAAGGUUUUUGGUCAGAUGCAACAUCACUACAGAAAUCUUGAUGCUAGUGUGCUCAGCAAAAUCCCCAAGGGAAAAGGGAAGAAACAUGAAUAGGCUUCUCUUUAUGGCUUAUGUUAAUUAAUUUGAAAUUCAAUGUCCAUUUCAGCACAUUAAGGUACAUGGGGUGUUGAAAUAAGGUAACAAACCACCAAAAUAUUUCUCCAAAUAUGAAUGAUAUUUAGUAGAAUAAAUAAAAUUGCAUUUAUUCUUGCUGUUUCAA